AUGAGUCUCUCAGUAAUCCCAGAUCGGUCGGAUCGCUCUCGACCGACGCGGAAUUAUCAGAUCGUUCUUCCGAGCCAUUCCCGCUUCCCACUCCUCCGGCGGCCCCAGAUGCGUCCAGAUCCGACAUCCCGGCCGCUAAUGAAUCUCGUGAAAGGUCUGCUCCAGCUGUGGGCGUCACCGGCUUCGUUCCCAGAGUUUCUGCCGACGACGUUCGUCUCACGAUGGCCACGAUCUCGUAUUUAUGGGAUCGAGAGGCUACCUUCUGCAGCCAAGCCGACACCAUUCAUGCGCUUCAGCAGUCCUACCGAGAUGCCGUCGCCCGGGGGGAUCGCUUACAAGACGAGCUUGAUUCGCUUGCAUUCUUUGAGUGAUUGCAAUCGAGCUCUGCGGACAUAUCGAGAUCAAUCGGAGGAGGUUCGUCGGCUACGCACUUUGAUAUGUGCCAACGACGAGGCUCAGGGGAACUUGGAACGACAGGUGGAUGCUUUGAGGGCUCAGCUUCAUUCGCUCCAAGCCGAACUCAAUUCUCUCCGACAGCAGCGUGAUCAGCUGACCAUGGACAGGUCCUUCCUUCACAUAGAUAUUUUGCACUUGAAGGAGCAAUUGGCUCAGUCUCAGGCGGAGAUCGCAGAUGGACUGUCUUCGAUCAGCGAUCUCAUACAACAAGUGGAUGGUUUGACUCCCCUAGAGGGUCAGUUGGCACUUUCGCAGGCGGAGAACGCCAACCUACGUCGUCAGCUUGCGGAACACCUCGAGGUACACGACCAGUUGCAGGUGGUGGAGCAUGAUCGGGAUCAGGCUAUAGCUGAACACCGUGCUCUCCUCGACACACUGAACAGUGCUAUACUCGGGUCCAGAUCGAGAUCGUCUGGCCCGCCGGCCAAGCGUCGGCGUGUCCAACCAAGGUCACGAUCCAGGGACUCUUCUAUCACCCGUUCGGCCUCCCGGGUAUUGUCGCUGAACCCCUCAACACCUUCCAAGAAACGUCCCAGAUCGGCCCCACCCGAGCCUUCAUCCAAUCCUUCUUCUUCUCCGCCUUCGUCCGCGGCUUCUGGGACUGGAUCGGGAAGUGGGGAGCUGACCGAGUCGGAUUCUAGCUCGGAUGAUUUGACUCGUGCUGCAUUAUCCCAAUCGAGAUCGGCCGCUCGUCGUCAACCUAGAUCGGAUGCCCGAUCUUCGACCCCGAACCCCUCUCCGGCCGCUCGGGUUGUUCCCGCUUCUCCCGCAGCUACUGCGUUGGCUCAAGCACUGUUGCGUUCGCCUUCUCCAGACGUUCCGGAGCCUCGUUAUCUUUCGUACCCAUCCACUCCGGUCGCGGCUGUCCCCGUAGUCGAAAUUCAAGAUAAUGGCGGCGUAGAAGACGUGGAGGUAUCGCCGACAGGGGAGACACACAGCGAGACUGGCUCUGUUAGUCCGCCUCCGGAGUCCACUGCGCUUUCGGAUCGCCAUUCGUCCGAUAGCGAAAACAGCAUCACCCUUCCGGCACGCCAAGUGGCUAACAGAGUUUUCUCUUCCGUUGACUUCGACAAUCUUCCGCCACUCCAGCAACCACGGGAUCGGUGGAUUCCCAACUAUCUGGCGCCCUCCCGACGGGUAGCUUCCGAGAUCGCUCCAUGGUCCGUUUCGCGGAUCGCGAUGGUUUGCGUGAGGACCAUGACCAUUGAGCUGUUGUUUCACCACUACUCCAAGCCCAGGAAUUUUCUGUUUCCCUUCUACAAUCAUGGACGAGCUCCGCCUACGGGGACUUGGGCUUCUGGGCUGAUCUCGCGGCAACACAUCGAGGCUCUUUACGCUACAGCCCCUUGGGAUAAUAUCAUAGUCCCAGUGAACCCGAUAUCGUUCACCAUGACUGGAUGGUAUCGUGAUAUGAGUCAUCGGUACCUGGAGCUUGAGUCCACUCAUCGACAAGCUCUGUGGGAAUCCACUCAUGCUUUCCCGAUUCCUCCGGCUCAACGGCGAUCUGAACGGUUCAUGCAGACAUUCUGGCGCCAACGAAAACAACGCCGUUCUCGCUUUGGAGCGCGUUGGAAGAUCUUCUUGAAGAUGAUACUCAGCGGCAUGAUCGCUGGCCACUGCGAUCUCGACAUCUUGCUAGAUCCCUUCUUCCUCCACUAUCCGCGCCCACAUGAAGACCGAGUUUGGUAUCCAGGGUUAGGACACUCUAACGACCCAGCUGACUUGCUAGAGGCGUUGGACAUGGCAGACCAAGAGGAUCCUUGGCGCAACCAGUUCCGUAACGCCUAUUGGGAUCAUCCCGGAUCGCAGAUCCCUCGUCUGCAGGACAAGUUCAAACCUGCUCCAUCGUCUUAG